AUGUACGACUUCGACGUGCCAACUGACUUAGGUCAGGCCACUGUACGCAUUGGUCUGCCACCUGCCUCACUCCUCAACUUCCCUCCCAAUGAGCUUCCAGUGACCAUUCCCGCUCCCCACGUCGACUCGCCCACCUGGAAGCAGCCCUUCAAUAUCCCCAAUGGCCUGUACAACCAGCUCCUCGACGUGCGCGUACCCAUUACUAUCGCCAGCGUAUACGCGAUCACCGUGGUGUUGAUCAAUCGGAUCAACAAGAGCCGUGGAUAUAAGCCCUAUGCAUUCAGCAAUACCCCUCUGUUCAAGCUGUUUGUCGUUCUCCACAAUGUCUUUUUGGCCGUUUACUCUGCCUGGACCUUCGCGGGUAUGUUCCAGGCUUUCAGCAGCUCGUUCCCAGAUCGCGAGGAUUCCUAUGGUCUGGUUGGCGUGGUCGAUUCUUUGUGCAAGAUCAAUGGUCCUCGUGGAUACGGCAACGCUGCGACCUACAGCCCUAUCACCAACACUUGGUCCAUUCCCAAUUCGUCGUUCCAGUUGACGAACGGUAUGCCGGAUCCCACAGAUGUUGGCCGUCUCUGGAACCAGGGUCUGGCAUACUUCGGUUGGAUUUUCUACUUGUCCAAGUUCUAUGAAGUGGUUGACACCGCUAUCAUCUUGGCUAAGGGUAAGAAAAGCUCGACUCUUCAGACUUAUCACCACGCGGGAGCUAUGAUGUGUAUGUGGGCUGGUAUCCGCUACAUGGCUGCCCCCAUUUGGAUCUUCUGUCUGGUUAACUCCGCUAUCCACGCCAUGAUGUACACCUACUAUACCCUCACAGCCCUGCGCAUCCGCGUCCCCAACCCCAUCAAGCGUAGCUUGACCACUAUGCAAAUCACCCAGUUUGUCUUCGGAACCAACAUGGCUGCCGCAUACCUCUUCGUGCACUACACCAUCCCCUACCCCUCCGGUAGCGCAGCCCUGCAGGAUAUCUCUGCCGCUGCCUCUGCCGCCGUCAGCGCCGACGCUGGCGCCCUUCCCUGGCUGAAGAAGCUUGCUCUCCGCGCCGCAGGUGCCGAGGGCAUCGCCGAGAACGUGGGCACCUUUGGUACCGCCCCUGUUCAGCAAUCCGGCUACUCCCAGGAGAUGGUGACCUGCAUGGACACCACGGGUCAAGCAUUCGCUAUCUGGCUCAACGUUUCCUACCUCCUCCCCCUGACCUACCUGUUCGCGCGAUUCUUCGUGCGCUCCUACCUGAACCGCAAGGACCCCGGCGUUAAGCAGCCUACCCACAUGGAGGCCGCCGAGAAGGCCGGUAUGGAAGCUCUGAAGAGUCUAAGCCGCGAAAUCCGCAAGGCUGCCAUUGAGGGUGAGAACAGUGAAGUGACCACUGAUGACGAGGUUAUGAAGGCUCGCGUGCAGAAGAUCGCCGAAGCUAAGGCUCCGGCACCGGACUCCCCGGUCCGUACGCGCUCCGCGGCUUCUAAGAAGGCUUCGGCUUCGGCUUCGGUCAACCGCUCCGAGUCGGAGCAGGGCUUUGCUCCUGUUCCUUCGAAGAAAGGUGCUAAGAAAUCCAAGGCCGAGAAGGGCUCUCCUUCUCCCAAUACAAAGGGAGAGAACCCUUUCGGGGUCUUGGAUAACAAUGCUUGA